AUGUCGACCGAUAAAGACGAGAUCGCUUCGUCCGAGAUCGAGAAUAUCGGUCCUCAAAAUGAUCAGAAGAGUACGGUCAAUACCCUUCUUGUGGUAGCCUGUAUAGUCUUUGGUGCCGCGUCAUUCAUGUUUGGAUAUGAUGAUAAAGUCAUCUCGCCUAUGAUUGCAUUGCCAGCAUUUGUCGAAAGAUUUCAAGGAGGUGAUAGCCUCAGCGGCAGUCUCGUUCUGUCCGCUCGCAAUCAAAACUUGGUGAUUUCUGUUCCAUUGGUGGGCGAUGUGGUUGGAAGUCUGUUCGCUCCGUCUUUGACAUUUCACUUUGGUCGAAAAUGGCCAUUGGUGGCGGCGUAUACCAUCUCCCUAGGGGGCAGUCUUCUCCAACUCUUUGCUCCGAAUCUUGGGGCCUUUGUAGCGGGCCGAUCUGUGAAUGGGAUUGCGAUUGGCAUCGCUAUUGCCACCGCCCCUCUAUAUCUCUCCGAGGUGGUCCCUGCAUCUAUGCGAGGAAGAUGCGUCAGCUCCAUCAACAUCCUAAACCUCAUAGCCGGGGUCAUCGGCACUAUCGUGGUCUGGGCUACGGAAAGGAUCGGUGGCCAUUUAUCAUACCAGAUCCCGCUUGCUAUCCAGUGUGCCAUUCCCGUCAUUCUAAUCGUGCUGACUUUGCCAAUCCCCGAAAGCCCGGAAUGGCUUGUUUCAAAGGGAAAUAUGGAACGGGCACGAUAUAAUCUACGAAAGCUGCGUGGCUUUAGCGAUGGACAGGUAGACGACGAGCUCCACCUCAUGCAGCUAUGCGAAAAGAAUCAUCGUGAGAUCCGAUCCGAUGUCAAAUUCUGGCAUAUUUUCCGCCGAGAUCACCUCCGACGAACUUUGGUGGCAGGUUCUUUCUAUUCAUUGAACCAGAUCUCCGGCAUCAUUCUGUCCACGACCUAUUCGACCGUCUUUCUCGAAGAGAUUGGAGCCGGAAACGCAUUUUCUUUAACCAUCAUUGCAUCCUGCUGUACACUAGCUGGAACCCUUGCAGCCCCACUGGUGAUUGACCGUGCCGGUCGACGGCCCACCGCGUUCGUUGGCAUGAGUAUCUUGUUUGUGAUUGAUGUCAUAGCCGGCGGCCUUGCCUUUGACACCGGCAAAAAGCAAUUCAUCGUGACUAUCUCCGCACUAGGUUUUAUUUUCAACUUCUUCUGGGCAUCGUCAUUCUACUCCCUAUCCAACGUGAUGCCCUCUGAGAUGGCCACUACCAAGCUGCGCCACUAUGUUAUGUCCUAUACCAUUGCCUGUCAGGGGAUUACGGCUGUCAUAACUACCCUCGUUGUCCCACGGCUUACCUCUGCUGAUGCAGCAGGCCUUGGAGCCAAGACAUAUCUUAUAUUUGCGGGGUGCAUGGCCGCCAUCAUCGUCUACACCUACUUCCUAAUGCCGGAAACAAGAGGCCGCACCUUUGCGGAAAUCGAUGAAAUGUACGCUGCCAAAGUUCCUGCAUGGAAAUGGCGGUCCUACCAGACGACACUGGAAGCAAGAACAGGAGUGUCGAGAAUUUCUGGAGAGAAGCCUGUGAAUUUGUGA